AUGGCCCACAGUAAUCUGUCUGUUGUGUCCUCAUCUCCCAGAGGACAGACUCCAGAAGAGUCCGAGCUGAACUUCCUGCAGAAGGCCCAGGAGCUGGAGACGUAUGGUGUGGACCCUCACCCCUGCAAGGAUGUGUCAGGGAACCCUGCCUUCCUGGCCUUCACUCCGUUUGGCUUCACUGUCCUGCAGGGGAACAGGAGAGUCCAUUUCCUCAAUUGGGACGAGGUGACAAAGCUGAAGUUUGAGGCAAAGACAUUCCAUAUAUAUGCAAAUCAGAAAGAGGAUAAGAAGAUCAUCUUGACAUAUUUUGCACCUACACCUGAGGCCUGUAAACACCUGUGGAAGUGUGGAGUUGAGAAUCAGGCUUUCUACAAGUUGGACAAGUCCAGCCAGGUCAGAACGGUGUCCAGCAGUAAUCUGUUCUUCAAAGGAAGUAGAUUCAGAUACAGUGGCAGGGUUGCUAAGGAAGUGAUGGAGCAAAGUGCCAAAAUAAAACGGGAACCUCCAGAGAUUCACAGGGCUGGUCUGGUACCCAGUAGGAGCUGUCCUUCCAUCACCCACGGCCCAAGGCUGACCAGUGUCCCCCGACAAAGACGGAGAGCUGUACACAUCUCCAUCAUGGAGGGCCUGGAGUCCCUACGAGACUCCGCCCACUCCACGCCCGUGCGUUCUGUCUCCCAUGGCGACUCCUUCAUGCCGCGACACCGUCACCACACAACAGAUGCCGGCGAGGGCGGGUCAUCCCAGCGGGUCAUCUCUGAUGAGGCCUACUGCCCCUCAGACAGUGUGCUGCCCACCCCCAUGGCCGAACACAGCCUGGAGCUAGCCGUGGCGCGCCACCCUAAUGGAGCCCCCUGCAGCAUCGAAGAGGAGGAGUCGGAGGCCGGGACUCCUGAGGGACAGGUGGCUGAGUUUGGCCCCGACGGCAGAGUGCUUCGGCUGGGUCGGACCAGGAAGUCUCUCCCUAACAAGGAGGUGCAGGAGCUACAUAAGUUCAUCCUGAGUGUGUUGCGUAUGUUCCUGGUGACCAUGGGACUGCUGUUUGCCCUGCUCUCCCUCCUCAUCAUGCUGACUGAGUCUGACCUGGACAUCGCCUUCCUCCGGGACAUACGCAAGACGCCUGAGUUCCAGCAGUUCCACUUUGAGUAUUUCUGCCCUCUCAGACGGUGGGUUGCCUGCAAGUUCCGCUGGAUGGGAGGCUUCCUUAUAGACAAGUGAGAAAGACUGAGCGAUGGAGGGAGAGAAAGAGGAGUGAAUGAAAAAGAGGCCUCUGAGAGGACGUACGCGAAGGAUGGAGGGAGGAUAGGAGGAAGUCAAGGAAGGCUGUAGACAGGAAUGGAGGGCUGCUCCAUCUGAACGGGAAUUAACCUUCAAGCUUCUCCCACAAGUCACUUCCUGUUACAAGCCAAGGACCGCCCCCUUCGCUGACCCUCUUCCCUUUUCUAACCAUAAGACUGAACGGGGGACAUUUUCUGAGCUCAUGUUUUACUUUGGAAAUUCAGGUCAUUUCAAGGUACUUUAUUUUUUAUCAAGAGACAAGGCAACAGAGUUAUAAAAUGACAUAAAAUGAGACAUCUGAGGUCUGUUAUAGGCCUGGGAGGAAACACAUAUUAUUCAACCAACAGAACAACAACAGUUGCCUUUAUUUUCUAUUACUUCAUAUGAACAUCAAUUGUAAGAGAGAAAAAAACUGUAUAAUAAUAAGAUGGAUACAAAUAUAUUAGAUGGACAUAUAAAAACAGAGGUGUGAAGUGUUGAGUUGUGUACUGUUUGAGCUGAGAAAGGAUGAGAGAGAAAGAUGAAAAACCAUGCCUUUUACUCAUUUGGGGUCAACAUCUAAAACAUCCAUGAUAAUCAUUCUAAUGCUGCUGAAACUUUCAUUUGGGCUGCUAUUGGAGGAGAAACAUUUCUACUGUCAGGAGUACUGAAUUCUGGAGUCUGACAAAGAAACAAAGACAUGAUAUUCAAUAGAAGAUGUAAAAAGGUACGUUUUUGAAUGUACAGUACCAUUCAAAAGUUUGGACACACCUAGUCAUUCCAGUGUUUUUCUUUAUUUUUGACUAUUUUCUACAUUGUAGAAUAAUAGUGAAGACAUUACAACUAUGAAAUAACACAUAUGGAAUCAUGUAGUAACCAAAACAGUGUUAAACAAAUAAAAAUAUAUUUUACAUUCUUCAAAGUAGCCACCCUUUGCAGAAUGUAUAAAAAGCAGACAACAAGUGCUCAGCAUAUGCGGGAACUCCUGUUGGAAUAACAUUGGGGCGGCAGGGUAGCCUAGUGGUUAGAGCGUUCCGGUUACUAGGCCAAGGUACAAAUCUGUCGUUCUGCCCCUGAACAGGCAGUUAACCCACUGUUCCUAGGCCGUCAUUGAAAAUAAGAAUUUGUUUUUAACUGACUUGCCUAGUUAAAUAAAGGUCAAAUAAAAAAAUAACAAAAUUCCAGGUGAAGCUUUUUGAGAGAAUGCCAAGAGUGUGCAAAGCUGUCAUCAAUGCAAAGGGUGGCUACUUUGAAGAAUCUAAUCUAAAAUAUAUUUUUAUUUGUAAAACACUUUUUUGGUUACUACAUGUGUUACUUCAUAGUUUUGAUGUCUUCACUAUUAUUCUACAAUGUAGACGAUAGUAAAAAUAAAGAAAAACCCUUGAAUGAGUACGUAUGCCCAAAUUUCUGACUGGUACUGUACAUAUACACUGAGUAUACCAAACAUUAGGAACAGUCUCAAUUCACCGGGACAUGAACUCAACAAGGUGUUGAAAGCGUUCCACAAGGAUGCUGGCCCAUGUUGACUCCAAUGUUUCCCACAGUCAAGUUAGCUGGAUGUCCUUUGGGUGGUGGACCCUUCUUGAUACACACGGGAACUGUUGAGCAUGAAAAACCCAGCAGCGUUGCCGUUCAUGGCACAAACUGGUGUGCCUGGCACCUACUACCAUACCCCAUUCAAAGUCACUUAAAUCUUUUGUCUUGCCCAUUCACCCUCUGAAUGGCACACAUACACAAUCCAUGUCUCGAUUGUCUCGAAGCUUAAAAAUCAUUCUAUAACCUGUCUCCUCCCCUUCAUCUACACUGAUUGAAGUAGAUUUAACUAGUGACAUCAAUAAGGGAGGCUUUCACCUGGUGAGUCUAUGUCAUGGAAAGAGUAGGUGUUCUUAAUGUUUUGUACACUCAGUGUACUAUACUGUCUUGUAAGAAUGUUGAAAAAUAUCUGUGUAAUGACUGUGGGUGUCCUAAACUUGGUUUAUAGUUUGUUUGUUAGUUAAACAUCAUUACAAAUUGGCAUGGAACAAUCAAGAGACAGUCAUACAGUACAUCAAAACUAUAAACCAAAUGAAUGGAAUUGUUGUGUUUUCUGAUUUCAAAUGGCAUCAGAUAGAAUACUGUUACCAAUUAUUUUAAUCAAUGUAUAAAAACUAGCAAUCAUGAGUUAAAAAAAAAACUUUCAAUCAAACUAGAUGCAAUGGUGUUCUUUGUUAUUAUCAUGUGACCUGGAAAGUACAGUAGGGGGUAGAACACAGUGGUCAACCUCUUGAAAACACUGACUAGAUGCAAUGGUGUUCUUUGUUAUUAUCAUGUGACCUGGAAAGUACAGUAGGGGGUAGAACACAGUGGUCAACCUCUUGAAAACACUGAUUAGAUGUGCAAUACUAUAACGAUAAAAACUAGGAGUAUUUUACGGUUGGAUAUGGUACAUUUUAGUUUAUUAAAUGUGCACUUUGAAAUGAAUAAUUCUGGUUAUUUUCCAAAGGUAUAAGAAAAUGAAAAUGCCUGCUGUGAACAUGCCUAGGUGAAAAAUACAUUUCAACUUGUAGUUGUGCUAAUGCAUUGGGUUAUUUUAAAAUGUUGAAUAUAUUGAAGUCCUGCUGAAUUAUUUUGUACAAAGUAGAGUCUCCUUAUAUUUAGAGUUUUCCUUGUAUAACCUAUUUUAACUGAACUAAUGUUAUUUUUUUGUCAUUGAAAAUGAUACUUUUUUAGCGCAGUGAUUCAGAUGAGGACUAGAAUUCAAAGAAAAGUAGGUAGAGAUUCAGGGACAGUUUCCCGGACCCAUAUUAAGCCUACUACACCUGAGCUAUGGCAUCCUUAAUGGUGCAUCUCCAUUCAAAGUGCUUUGUAGUCUAGGAAUUGGUUUAAUCUGGGCCAGGGAACGUUUUUGUCAGGUUUACCUCCAAAUCCACCUAAGGGAGCAUUAUACCCUCUCAUUUUCACACUGUCUUUACAUGUCUACCAAAGAUACCUCUCUGCAGCCUCAGUGGUACUUCACAUGAGAUCUAGAGUUCCUGAGGAGGGUUUGGGAGAGGGUUGACUAGUGAAGAGCUGCAGAACAGGACAAUGAUAAUCACUGCAAGCUUCUAUUGUAUUGUCCUUAGCCGGCACUCUAUCUGUUGGUUUAGAAUAAACAAGUUGAGAGAGGGAAUUGCAUCGUUUUAGGGUUGAAAAAUUCUGGAAAAUGUCCCCAAAUUACCAUGUUUUCCAGGAAUCCCAGUUGGAAUAUUACUGGAAGCGGGAGGGAAUAAGCAGAAAAUCUGGAAUCCUCGUACCAAGAAUUCUGGAAUUCUGGUAAAGUGAUCUGAAAUUUUGCAAUCCUAUGUAGACUCAAGAUAAAAAAUAUAUUUCUACAUCAUCAUUUGGUUUUGCAUCAGUACAAUCCUAUCAGACAUAAUAUUGUUUUAAUGUUAUAAUCCCUCAGUAGACUAGUGUAUGGUGGGUUUAAUAAAUAAUAUAGAUUUAUGAAUUCAUGUGGUCUGCUAUGCAGCAAUAUUAAGAUAACGACAAGUGGUUGGUCCCUGAUUGGUGUAUUAGAUUAAAGUGAUUGAUUUUGUUUGAAGUUGUGGAAGGCCAGUCAAGGCAGAAGAUUUAGAUUUUUAUACCUCAGAUCGCAACUUUGAAUUUCAGUUCAAUGUGUAUGACAAACAAUACAACCUUAUUUGAGCAAUAAUGAAAACAUUUGAAAAUAAUUAAAUGUUGAAAUCAAUGUGGGCAGCUACAGACAGAAAAAGUAAGUGAUGUUUUUCGGUUUCUUUCCAUAUAGGAUCACUGGAUAUUCAAGUCACAUGUUUUUCAUGAUUAGCCUACCUACCGUUAUACUGGUGAACCUAGCUUCUUAAUGCAUGGGAUGAGUUGAUGAUGAGAAGACGGUGUAGCAGUAACAUGCAGCUCAGUGUUGAUUGCAAUGGGUGCGUUCCAGGUUGUUGCAGUCAUGCUGCACGUCUCAAAAGAUCGCUAUAAAUCAAUAGCAAUAUCAUAUCAGUGUGGUUCCGGAGAGGUGCAAACAUGUCUCCAGGGGUCGUAUUCACUACAAACCAAACUGAAGAAACAAACAGGGAGGGACUACCUUAACUUUAUUUUUUCUUUGCAAGACAUUUUCCUAUGGUGUGUGCACUAAUGAAUACUAGCGACCCAGGUGGUAAGAUCUGACAAUCUGAGCAUGUGACUGCAAUGAAGACGACCUGGAACGUCCCCAAUGACUCCAGUGUUAGGAACACCCAGACAGCCUCUGCAAUGUCCUUCUGUUAGCUCCCUUCCUGUCUCAUGGUCAUGCAUAUGGAUCGGUCUCUGUAAGCAUGUCUUCUGUAUUUCUGUUAUUACUCCCAAUCAAGACUGAAUAUUUUUUAUCACAGAAUGAAGACUGGUGUAUUCAAUGAUUAAUUUAUCAAUAAAUAUAAUUUAUUCUUAAA